ACUCUAUCUUUUGUGGAAUUGUGGAAACUUUUGCAGCAGUUGAAUUUGGAGCUGAGCGAAGAUUAUGCGAGAAAACUUUUCAGGAUCGAUUUGAUACAGGCCGCUGAUACAAAGAGGAGAGAUCAGAUGUUAGACGAAGAUGAAUUCGUGAUAUUUUUCGAACGGCUCACCGAGAGAAGGGACUUAAGACAAAUUCUUCGAACGUACAGCUCAGCACACCAAGAGACAUUCACGCCAACAGAUUUGAUGCAUUUUCUCGUUCAACAGCAACACUUCGAAGAGAUCGAUGAUAAUAAAGCUCGGGAUAUUGUGCAAACAUUUGAAAGAGCUAAACGAGAUGAACAGCAACCCUUAUUGUUGGGACCACUCGGUUUCCGUCACUUGCUACGCGCACAGUACGGUAAUAUAUUCAAGCCAGGCCACGAAACAGUAUUCCAAGAUAUGGAUUGUCCACUGAACUAUUACUAUGUUAAUUCGAGUCAUAACACCUACCUCACUGGACUACAACUCGCCGGUAUGGCGUCAAUCGAGGGAUACAUUAAUGCGCUCACAAAGGGUGCUCGACUUCUUGAACUGGACAUAUUCGAUGGGGAUGAUGGAGAGCCAUGCAUAACGCAUAAACAUACGUUAGUUGAUGCGAUCCGAUUGCGUGACGCGUUGACGACCAUCGAACAGUACGCAUUCAAAUACAGUCCUUAUCCUGUGAUACUCACCAUCGAGAACCACGUUGGUCUUGUGCAACAGAAAGUUAUGUUUCGAAUAUUCAAUGAGGUGUUCGGUGAUAAGAUUUACAUAUCACCGCCAAAUUCAGCUACAUCUGAGCUUCCAUCACCGAAUGCACUCAAAAAUAAAUUCCUUGUAAGGGGCAAAAAACUGCCGCAUGAAGUGGUUAACAGUCAAUCGUCUGACGACGAUUCAGCCAAACAAGUCAAACUCGAUCCUGAAUUUUCACGUCUUAUCUCUCUUCCAUCCGCUAAAAUUACGAAUAACGCUGACAAUGAUAUGCGAACACAUCCAAUGGAUGGUUCUCCGUCGCUCUCAGAGAGUAAAGUUGAGUCAAUAUUUCAAUCUUCAUACAAUUUGCCAGCCUAUACUGCACGGAGGUUUGUGAAAUCCUAUCCGAGUGGAUUUCGACAAAAUUCGAGCAAUAUGGAUCCGUUUCCAUCGUGGUUGUUAGGCGUUCAAUCGGUCGCUUUGAAUAUGCAAACGGCUGACAAAUUUUUGGAUUUGAAUACAGCAAUGUUUCGUGUGAACGGUAAUUGUGGAUACGUGCUGAAACCAGAUAUUCUACGCAGAGGACUCGGUCGGUUGAGCCUCUUCCAUUGA